AUAGAUAUUUGAGAUUCCACAUGGUAUCAGAGCUGCCCAGCCUAACGGCAAAUUAGAAUUCCCCUCCCUUCCUCCCUUUUUCAUCUCCUCUUUUCCCGAUUUUUUCUUCUUCUCCACCAUGUCAACCACUGUCUGCUCUACCUCUGAGACCACUGGCCCUCUACCCAAUUCUGAUGCCUCUCUCUAUACCUUCACCCCACCCCCGGCCCCUCAUAUCUCCGUCAAACUUACAUCUACCAAUUACCUUCUUUGGCGAAUGCAGCUUCUGCCCCUUCUCACCAGUUUUGAUCUCUCCAAAUUCGUUGAUGGUAGCUUCCCCGCUCCUGAUCGCCUCCUUCCCGGUGGAGAAUUGAACCCAGCCUACACUGCCUGGCUUCGCCGGGAUCAACUAGUUUUCUCCUGGAUCGCCGGCUCCCUCACUGAUUCCGUCCUCUCGCGACUGGUCGGCUGCUGCACCGCCCUUGAUGCUUGGACUCGUCUCGCUUUGGCCUAUGGCUCCGGCAACCGCCAAACUCUCCGCAGUCUCCGCACCCAACUCGGCGAGCUCUCCCGUGGCAGUGACUCCUGUGCUAAGUAUCUGACUCGUGCGCAGGAAAUUGCUGACCGUCUUGUCAAGAACCAGUUGAUUCCAAUAACUCGAGUUGUUGGGAGAGGUUCAAUCGUGGAUCAUAUACCACAACACUAACACGCCCCCUCAAACGAAAGCCACUCACAAGGGCUUGAAAUUUGCACAGGUCUGAAGACAAGAAUACCAUGUGCUUACCAAAUGGGGUCACCGGGAAUCGAACACAAGACCUCUCGGUCACAGAAGGCUCUGAUACCAUGUCAAGAACCAGUUGAUCCCAAUAACUCGAGUUGUUGGGAGAGGUUCAAUCGUGGAUCAUAUACCACAACACUAACAAUGUCAAGAACCAGUUGAUCCCAAUAACUCGAGUUGUUGGGAGAAGGUUCUGCUGGAUCUUAUACCACACUCUUACACGCCCCUUCAAACGAAAGCCAACCCAUGGGCUUGAAGUUUGCACAGGCCCACCAUACCUUGUGCUUUAAUCAAAGGUUAAUAUUGGG